CUGGGAUCAUUAAAAAAACAGAGCAACACCCGCUCUCUCUAUAUCUCUCUGUCUCCCUCCCUCUCUGUGGUGGCGUCUUAUCAAUCGAGGCAUAUUCUCCCCCCCAACAAGUGCCACCAUAUGUUUCGCUUGUACAUUCGCGAUAAGCGUCGGUCGGGCGUGAUUAAACCCCACAAACUGAAUUGAGGCUGCACUCUGAGCUACACUCAGACGUGUAGUCGCAGUCGAACUGAUAGAUUGGGAUCGGACGGGUCUGGUCUGGUCUGGUUCUAUCGUGGCAGUGUGUACUUUCAGUAUUUCCUCGUUGAUUGCAAGCGACGGAAGUUAAACCCUAAAAUUACCACAAAUUAAUAACUAAAUAAGUACGAAACGCACGCAAGAUAUGGAAAUACGUGUGGGCGUAGGCGAUCUGAUGAAAAUGGGCACCAAGCUGGUGGGCCACAAGAUCGUACAAUACCGGCUGGCCACCAAGCAGACGAGGGUCAUCAGUACUAGGAACGGCCAGGUGAAAGGUCUGCGCCGGAAGACCCUCUACGACGAGGAGCUGUACUAUGCCUUCGAGGGCAUACCGUUUGCCCAGCCCCCGCUGGGGGAGCUGCGUUUCCGAGCCCCGGAGCCGGCAGAGCCCUGGCAGGGGAUACGCGACUGCACGUAUCCUCGGGCCAAGCCCAUGCAGAAGCAUUUCGUGCUGAGCAUCGUCGAGGGUUCCGAGGAUUGUCUGUAUCUGAAUGUUUACGCCAAGAAGUUGGACACGGAGCAGCCGCUGCCGGUUUUGGUGUGGAUCUACGGCGGUGGCUUUCAGAUCGGCGAAGCCUCCAGGGAUUUCUACAGUCCGGAUUACUUUAUGAAGCAGGAUGUGAUCCUGGUCACGUUUAACUACCGCGUGGGUGCCUUAGGUUUCCUGAGCCUUGCCGAUCGCGAUUUGGACGUGCCCGGCAAUGCGGGACUCAAGGAUCAGGUGUUGGCCCUGCGCUGGGUGCGGGAAAACAUCUCGCAAUUCAAUGGCGAUGCAAAUAAUAUCACGCUGAUGGGCGAGAGUGCUGGGGCCGCCUCCACGCACAUGAUGAUGACCACGGAACAGACGCGCGGACUCUUCCACAAGGCCAUCAUGCAGUCGGGUUCCAUGUACAGCGAGUGGGCCAGCGAGCCACGUGGGAACUGGGCCUAUCGGCUCGCCUGCUCCAUCGGGUAUUCAGGCAGCGAGAAUGAAAAGGAAGUCUUCCGGUACUUGCAACGCGCCUCCGCCAGUGACUUGGCGACGCACUGCAUUGCUUUGAUCACGCAGGAGGAGAAGCGCAACUAUGUCCUGUUUGCCUUUACGCCCGUGGUGGAGCCUUAUGUGACCAGCGCUUGUGUGAUGCCCAAGCCACAUCGCGAGAUGGUCGCCGAUGCCUGGGGCAAUGAUAUCCCCCUGAUCAUUGGCGCCAACUCGUUUGAGGGUCUGUUCUCCUACCAGUCCACCAUGCAGGACGCGGAUCACAUGCUCAGCGCCUUUGAGGCGCUGAUACCACGGGAGGUCCGCCACCAGGUGACUCCCGCAGAGCUCAAGGAUCUGAUAAGGGAAUUUAAGAUCUCGAACUUCGAUGAUGCCACGCGCGGACGGAUGGAGUUCAACGAGUGCCUCCACCUGCUGUCCAUCAAGCACUUCUGGCAUGGAAUACACCGCACGGUGCUCUCCCGCCUGGCCCUGGCCCCCACCACGCCCACCUACCUGUACCGCUUCGACUUUGACUCCCCGCACUUUAAUCACUUCCGAACGGUGAUGUGUGGCCGCCAUGUACGCGGCGUUAGCCAUGGCGACGACGUCUCCUACCUGUUCUACUUGCUGCUGGCCACCAAGCUGGACAAGUCUUCGAUGGAGUACCGCACCAUUGAGCGGAUGAUUGGAAUGUGGACAGCCUUUGCCGCGAAUGAUAAUCCCAGUUGUCCGCAAAUAUCCCCCGUGAUGUGGGAUGCUUUGGACACCAAUGGUCCACAGAUGUGCCUCAACAUUGGACACAAUUUGGAGUUCUUUGAGCUGCCCGAAACGAAGCAGCUUCGUAUGUGGGAUAGACUUUACGAUAAGCAGAACAAUAAUGAAAUGAAACUGUCCCACACGGCCAGUGCUUCCGCCUCGGGAAGCUCGAUCAUCUCCAGCUUUUGGCUGAUGUUCAAGCAAUGCUCUACACCGUUUUCGGUCCGCUCAACGGGCAGCCAUUCGGCGGGGGCAAUGGCCGGGCAAUUGGGAUCUCCGGUGGCUGCAAAUGCCGUCCACAUGCCCACCAUACAACAUGUAGGAGAGCUCAUCGGCAUGGGACACACCACGGAUUCGAUCGCCGCAGACCAAGCGACGGAACUGGUUGAAGUGCGGCGAAUCAAAGUCAAAGCGAUAGAGGCAUGGGGCAGCAUGUCCUUGUGCCUGACCGGCACCACACAAUGUGACGUCUCGUACGGCUCCACCACUGGCCCAAAGGCGAACAGCAAGAAACUGCGUAUCUCCUCCCUGGUGAUGAUGUCCUGGUCCGUGUUUGCUAUCUGGCGGGCCGAUAUUUUGAAAGCGUCAACCGUCGUGCUUAACGAAAUGAAUAAAAUGAAAUACAAUAGUGCUUUUAUUCCGCCCAUUCAGGUGCAGACAGAGAGUGGCCCUGUGGUGGGCCGACGCCGCACAGCCGUCUAUGGCGACGAGUAUGUGAGCUUCGAAAGAAUUCCCUAUGCCCUUCCGCCAGUGGGGUGUUUACGUUUCAUGGCGCCGUUGCCGGUGACACCCUGGACGGAGCCCUUGGAUUGCACGGAGAAGGGCCCGAAGCCGUUGCAAAUGCAUGAAAAGAAGUUUAUAGAGGGUGCUGAGGAUUGCCUGUAUUUGAAUGUGUAUGCCAGGAAGCUCCAUUCACCGAAACCACUGCCGCUGCUCGUCUACUUCUUUGGAGGCGGCUUUGAAAUCGGCGAUGCCACGACCGACGUGAACGGUCCCGACUACUUUAUGAUGCGCGAUGUGGUUGUGGUCACGAUAUCCUAUCGAGUCGGGGCCUUGGGCUUUCUCAGUCUCAAUGAUCCCGCCGUGGGCGUGCCCGGCAAUGCUGGGCUCAAGGAUCAGCUACUGGGCCUCCAAUGGAUCUCCGCGAAUGCGGCCAGUUUCAAUGCAGAUCCCAAUAAUGUGACGGCGUUUGGCGAUAGUGCCGGGGCAGCCUCUGUCCAUUAUCUGAUGCUGAACCCCAAGGCGGAGGGACUGUUCCAUAAGGCCAUUCUGCAGUCGGGCAAUGCGCUAUGUCCGUGGGCUGUUUGUCCGAAAGCAACCCAAAUGGCGAGGCGGCUGGCCGACCAGCUGGGAAUGGACAAUGUGGAUGCCGCCACCGAUGCCAUGAUCUUGGACUAUUUGCAAGUCCAGCCGGGCCAUAGGCUGAUGGAGAACCGUCAGAUAAAUGUUUCUGAGCUCCUGGAUGGUUUUAUAAUCCAGUUGGGGCCAACUGUGGAGCCCUACGAAACUGAUCACUGUGUGCUGGCCAAGAAUCCCUCUGAUCUGCUGGCCACUGCCUGGGGCAACAAGAUUCCCGUUCUUAUGGGUGGCACCUCCUUCGAGGGUCUAAUGGUAUUCGGCGUAAUGAUCUCGAAAGACUUGAAAAGCGUAUUGAAAAUUCUUAAAAAUCAGCCUCAGCGUUUGCUGCCGUUUGAUCUCCAGCGGGUCCUGCCACGUGUCACGGCCCGAAAGUUGGGCCUGUCCGUGCAGGCGAUGUAUUUCGGGACGACCGCACCGAUGGAGUCGAUGGAGGGAGAGGUGAACUUCUGCGAAUACAUCAGCGACAAGCACUUCUGGUUACCCAUUAUGGAUGUAGUCCGGUCACGCCAAGACCCUAGCCUGGCCCCCACGUAUCUCUAUUGCUUCGACUAUGACUCGCCGACGUUUAAUCAUGUACGUAUCAAGUGUUGCGGGAAAGACUCGGUUGGCACAUGCCAUUACGACGACCAUUCGUAUCUGUGGUUUGGCAACUUCUCAUGGAAGCUGCAAAAAGAUAUGCCUGAAUAUCUGACCAUCGAACGCAUGAUUGAUAUUGUGACCACCUUCGCCGAGACCUCUGAUCCCAACUGCCAGAGUGUCCUCACGCAGCUUCAUCCUACGAUAAAAUGGAAGCCUAUAGUGGAUGAUUUCGAGUGCCUCAACAUUUCGGACACUAUUAAAGUGAUGGAGGUGCCGAAUUUGAAAAAGCUGAAGAUGUGGGAGAAGAUCAUCAAGACGAAAUAUUUAUUGUAAAGUGCAAAUGUAAGGGCAUUGAAGUGUUUAAUUUAUAUAUUUAUAUAUAGUUAGCCGAAAGAGAAUGAUUAUAAAAUAAAUUAUAUGUUUUGUAUUUUCUUCUGUCUGCUUGCCAGGGCUGCAGUAUUACAAAAAUGGUAAAACAUUAUAAUUAUAUUGUAAGUAGUUAUUCUUGUAUUAUUUAAUGGUUCUUGAAUCCAAGAUUUAUGUACAAUAAUUUUGUAUUUUUUAAAAUAAUAAUACAAAUAGUAUAACAGUAGCCCUGGCUUAGGCCUGCCAGCCCAUCAAUCCACCUCGCAGUUGGCAGCUCUGUUUAUAACGGCACCGGUCGUCAGCGUCCGCGUCGCAGUCGCUGGCCGCUCGCUCAACAAAAUAAUAAACAAAUACUAUGAAAACAGCCGUAAAAGUAUAGUAUUAGUAUAUGUACAAAGCUUUUGUGAGAAAGCAAGCAAAGCAAAACUGAAAUAUCAGCUGUCUCAGUGAAUUCGUGCGGUCAU